GCUGUUGGGGUUUGUCCCUUUAGAAAGUUGGCAGAGAGCCAGCGCCUGUCCCUGCAAAUGCAGUUGCUGCUGCACCCCCUCCAGCCCCCGCAUCGCUCGCCUAACCGACCCCAAGAACUCCCCGGCCGCUAACGAGGAGGGAGCAUUGCAAAGGCGGGAGGCAAAGCCUUGAGCGGGCCCUUGAAGGGGAGCCGGCGAGGAGCCCUGGAGCUGGGCUGCUACGGAGUCCUUGCACCGGAGCUGAGCGCCGCCCCGGGAGAAGGAGGAGGAUGCGCGCAGUCUUCGCGGGACUCUCGCUCGUGCUGCUGGCGGCGGAACAGGGCGCGCGGGUCUGCACCAUCGUCCAUUAUCUUCUCUCUGGCCGGUAUCUCUGGUGCUGGUUGACCAUUGCUUUGCUUCUACCUGACUAUAUAGUUCAGCUCCUCAGCUUCUCUUGGUUCCGGGCAGAUGGGCACAGAGGCUGCUGCUGUCUGGUGAUAGUGCACAUGCUGCAGCUGGGGAUUUGGAAGCGGCAUUGGGACGCUCUGUGGACAGCUGCCGAGGCUGGAGGAAGCUCCGUUGCUGGAGAUCUCCUUGUGCAGCUGGGGGACCUGUCAGUUCUGCGCCUCUUGGAAGCCCUGCUGCAGACCUUGCCCCACCUGUUGCUACAGAGCUACGUUUUUGUAGCGGUGGAACCGACUGGCCUUGUCCCAGGUGUGAGUGCCGGACUGUCCCUGCUCUCCCUUUCCUGGUCUUUAGUCUCUUAUAGCCGCUUUACAUGCCUAAUGAAACCAGGUCAUCUCUACAUGCCAGCGGCAGCCCUCCUGUGCCAGUUGUUGUGGAGGACAGGAAUGCUAGGAACGAGGGUCGUGGCCCUGGUGCUCUUUGCCAGAGUCUAUCCUGUCUGGGUUUUUGUCGCAGCCGGUGUUCACUGGCUAGUGAUGUCUUUCUGGCUAGUGUCUCAGCAAACUGACAUCAUAGCGAGUUCCUGUCACUGGAGACUGUUCAACUUCCUGGUGGGGGCCGUGUACAUCUUCUGCUACAUCAACUUCCAGGCUAGCCCCUCCAGGUACAGAGUGGCUGUGUUUUAUGUGAUAAUGCUGAUAGAGAACAUCUUCCUUUUGAUGUUGGCCACAGACCUCCUGCAGGGGGUGCGGCGGGAGAGCCUGUUUGUGACAGGGGCUGUGAUGGCUGGAUUCGUGAUUGGCUCUGCAGCUCUGGUCACCUAUUACAGUCUGCUGCACCCCAAAUCCACAGAGAUCUGGCAGAGUUUCCUGAACAAAUCUUGCAACAUCACAGCUGCAAAGUAUCACGGGACAGAAGGAUCCACUUCCCGGUCCGUAAACGAAGCUGGGGAGAGCUUUGGAAUUUCAGGUCAGGGGGACAUUGUCUCUUCAAAUGCAGAAGUCUCGAAGGUGGUGCCUACCAGGCCUGCUUCUAGAGCACACGGUGAGACCUCACUUGGAGAACUUGAAGGUCAUACUUCUGUGAAAGACACCUGGGUGAACCAUCAUCACUGGCUGUUGGUAAAGCUAGCCUUGAAAACUGGGGAUAUGUCCAGGAUCAACGCAGCCUUUGGAGAUGGUGGAAUUGGGGAGCUUUACCCUUCAGGAUGGGUGGCAAGCAAACACUGCAGUGCCAUGCUUGGGCCAAAGACCAAACUUGGCUUUUCUUUGGUGGGAAAAUGCCCUGGAACCCCUAAAGCCAGAGUGGUAGGACAGAGGCUUCAGGCAGAAGAGAACAGCGCUGGAGAAAGCCUGAGCAAGGAGACUACUUACGUCACUCUAGCAAGCAGUGAACACAACAUGUGCUCUGUUAGAACGCCGCCAGUCCUGCAAGAGGAGCACAGGCCAACAGCAAAAGCCCCUGACUGCACAGACUCGACAAGCAGACCUGAAGCUCAGGCAGACAAAGCGGGAGGCUUGUCCGCUCUCGCUCCAAACAACAGUGCCAACGGCAACACUGACUUGGAAGCUGUUGUGGAGCACCCAGAAGGGACAGCUCCGAUGCAUGAGAGUCCUACUCUGUACUUCAGUGCUAAUGCAGAGGCCACUGCAUCUCUGAACAGAGGUGGGGGAGCAGCCAGCUGUGUGGCUGAUGGCCUUGUGGAGCUGAGGGAGGACAGCAGGCUCAGGCCUGUACCAGAUAACAUCGUAGGUAAAGGAGAGGGCUUCCCCAUUACCGUGGCUAAUAUCAGUCCAAUCCUGGGUGUUGGCACUCCUGGCUUUCUGCAAAGCGGUCCGUCCCUCUGCUGCACCAGUAAGUGCAGUGCACUGAGUCCAUCCGAGGAAACCUCGGAGGUCACGGAGCAGGCACAGUGCCACCACUGGGGCACCGCAUCCCUUGGGACUUGGGUUGCUGCUGUGAAGAGGAGACUAAGGCCAGCUGAGGAACCGUGCUACACGUCCACCCCCAAGGCUGACCCCCCCAGCCAGGACUGCAGAGUGGGGGAGAUAAAGGAGAGGACGAAACUAAUGGGAUUGAUGGAGCAAUUGUAAUGGAGUGAGACUGUAAAUUAACCAACUGGGGCUGUGUGUUUGGUGUCCAAUCCAGUCCUCUGAUAUCUUGUUAAUAAUUCACUCUUAAGUCUCCAUAGGAGCGUACAGCUCCAGUUCUUGUCUGUCUGGAGUUCUGACCUUUUCCUCCUGCUGGGGAUACGUUGCUAGAUUCCUCCUUCCUGAACCCACGUACUGUAUCAUGCAGAGUAGCUCCCCAGCUGUUUGCAGUCUUUUACUACUCCUAGAGUCCAGCUCUGGAGCUGUGUGCUUGCUCCCUCUAAAAUGGCCAUGCUCUUCUGUAAUCUGGGGCCACGAUGGCAGGAGUUGCAUCGUAAAUUGGCAGUAGCAGAACCUGCUGUAAGUAGUGGGGCAACGAUUCUGCUUAACGGAGGUUGUGCCAAUAGUACUUGGGUAUGUUUGGGAUUCUGUGGGUGGGCCAGGAGGGGUGUUCCAUUAGAUGUGAAAUCCUGCGGUGGCAGACAUUCACUGGAAUGGGCAGGGGACUGUCUCAGGUAACUAACAAUGGGCUACAGAAUCUUCCGCUGCUCGGGCCCAAGAGCAUAUCCAGCACCCGACAUGAUUUUCAGUCACUUUUACAGCUUAAAAGUGCAUCAAAGCAAAAGUGCAAAAGUUUUUCUAAUGUCUUAACUACUUGGGAAAGGAGGGGGGUUUGAUGGAAAACUGGCCAAGUGUCUUCCACGCAGCAUGCUAGCAAUGCCAGCGGAUACGACGAAUGCCAGAGACCCUCUCUGCCUGGCUCUGACUCUAGGACUGAGGCUGUGUGGCUGUAGCAGUAGGAACUGUAGUCUCCUCUACGAUGGCCUAGCUCUGCUGCCUGCAACAAAGGGAAGGUACAAAUGUUAAAUUAGGCAUUUAAAGAUCUUACUAAGCAACCAAAGCAUGGCGCCCCUUACGUAUCUGUGACAACGUCUUGAAACUUGGCCCUUAACAGCCCUCCUUCCAAAGGGUUAUUUCCCCAGCUGCUUGCUUCUCCCCAGCUUGGAGGAACAGCUGCUGGCUGGGUGAUUUUUGUAUCUUGACCUCUGCCUAAAGCAAGAGUCUUUCCCUUUCAGGGCAAACAUGAGUUCACAACAAAACACUGUGAUCUUCCUUCUAGAAUGGGAGGGCCAAUCAAUCCCUGCUGCAGGGUUCAGGAGGCCUUUGCCCCCAGGGGACUUUUUCACCUCCACUUCCAGGUGGCAUCAUGAAGAGCCCCGCUCCUCUUUCUGUUCCAGGCUGAAGCCCCUCAGAGUAUGUUUACACUGCAGCUGGGUGAGCUCCCAGCCCAGGUAGACAGACUUGCACUAGCUUGGCUUGAGUGAGGAUGCUAGAAAUAGCAGUGUGGACGUUGUGGUUCCAGUGGAGACUCAGGCUGGCCACCUGAGCUCAGAUCCAAUAGAGCCAGAGCUGCUGCCUAAGCCGCAGUGUCCACACUGCUAUUUUUAGCGCACUAGCUGAAGCCCAGCUCGCGUGAGUCUGCCUACCCAAGCUGAGAGGCUCGCUCCCACCUGCAGUGUAGACAUACUCUAAAUCAGGAGCAGAAUCCUGCCUGUCACAGAGCCGCUUCCUACGCUGUCCUCCUCUGCUCAGGCUUUCUCUCCAGCCUUCUUGCAGUCCUCCACCCAACUGCUCCAGCUCCAGGCCUCUUCCCCCGCUCCCUAGGGACGGCCUCACUCUAGAUCUUAAGUAUCAGAGGGGUAGCUGUGUUAGUCUGGAUCUGGAAAAACAGCAAAGAGUCCUGUGGCACCUUAUAGACUAACAGACGUUUUGAAACAUGAGCUUCUGCAUGCAUCCGACGAAGUGGGUAUUCACCCACGAAAAGCUCAUGCUCCAAUACAUCUGUUAGUCUAUAAGGUGCCACAGGACUCUUUGCUGCCACUCCAGAUCUUGCUUCAAUCCUGGUGUCUCCUAGACUGAGCACAGAGCUUGCCUGCCCCCAAUUCCAACCAGGGCUGACUUCCCGCUUGGUCACGUGAUCCGUCAGGGGAAACUGAGGGGCUGAGCCUUGGAGCAGGGGUAGCUGGACCUACGCGUGCCCUUACAGGGACACACUGCACUACAGCUGAGAGGGCUGAUCACCGGGCGGCUGGCUUGGCUCACAGUCUGUGGUGUACCAGUACCCAGCACAGACACAGAGAACGGGGUGAAUAAGUGGCCUCCCAAUAUGUCCUUGCUGUGUCUGAGCAUUCAGUUAAAAUGGAUGGUUUGUCAGUUCCAGGCAGUGACUCCAGCCCAGCUGAAGCAGGAACAGAAAACAUAUGGGGAUGGAAUUGGGCGUUUCUUAGCUUAGCCGGAGCAAUAAUGUUCGGAGUCAUUUAUUUCAAGCCCAGGCAAAUUCAUUUCCCUCCUCGUUUAACAAAAGAAGUGAAGUCACAUUGGUCUUUGAGCUCUAACCUACUUGUAUUGACUACACCUGGCAGAAUUGUCCUGGUGUGCCGCUAACAUGUCCUGCUGCCAGGGGGGAGAGCCAUGAUUUACUGACCAGGCGAGCAAUCAGUAAAAGCUCCCUUCCCUAUUUUGAUUGAGUUUUAACAGCUUGGACAUGCCUAGUUGGACAGGUUUCACAAGAUGGAUUUUCAUGUAUUUAAGUAACGCUUGGGUGCUAAUGUCACAUUGAAGCUAGUUUCCAGUGUAACUAACUCGGGAUUGUAUAUUUUUUAUGGCUAUAAAAUAGCAUGUUGGAUGUGCUCGGUGUGGAAAGAGACAGUUGUAGUGAGUUCUAAUUUCAUGAUGACAUCAGCAGAUAUAUUAUGUAGGCACCGUAGUGGCUCCAUUCUUCAGCUUUUAUUAUGCUUUUAUGUUUGACAGUAUCUCUGACUGAUUGGUGUUGUUUUUAAAAACCACGGAAAGUAGCAAAUCCUGUCUGAAGUUUUGGAUGUGUUGAGCUAACCGAUGGGUGCUCAAGAGACAAAAUAUCUACCCGGAAGUGUAAUUUGGGCUUCUCUGUCUCACCUUUGGGAAACAAAGCCACUGCAGAGCUUUACACCAAACGACUAAUGGCAGCUCUGAUGCAAAUACACUGUCAUUCCAUUUCCAUUGUAGAAAAGGAGAAAAAGGUUCUUUGUCCCUAAACACAACAGAGUCACAGGGCUGGUCUAUACUAGGGGGGGAAAUCGAUCUAAGAUAUGCAACUUCAGCUAUGUGAAUAGUGUAGCUGAAGUCGAAGUAUCUUAGAUCGAGUUACCUACCAUCCUCACGAUGCAGGAUCAACAUCCGUGGCUCCCCCUGUCGAGUCCGCUACGGCUGUUCGCGUUGGUGGAGUUCGGGAGUCGACAGGAGCUCGUUCGGGGAUCGAUUGCUACCCGCCGAUACGGCCGGUAGUGAAGACGUACCCACACCUAGAGUAGCCUAUGAAGGUCCCCACCUUGAUUCAGUGUGUCUAUUUUCAGGUUAGAGGAGGCUCAAAAACCAGAAAACAAUAUUGAGACAAGCUCAGGUUUUAGAUUCCAUUUUAUUUUUGUCUAUUUUUGAUACGUGCUGAUUGGUUUUGUUUUGUUUUGCAAAACAACCUUCUUUUGGUUGAGAAAUUCAGCCGUUCUCAAGCUGACAGGUUGCCCCAGCAAAGGAAAUGCGAGCGUGACCAUGUUGAACAGUUCGGCCAGAGUCGCUCUCAAUGAGGAGAAAGGAGGUUUUGCAGGGAGCUAUCCUGUGUCACACAACUUCCCGCUGCCCAACAAGGCUAAUGAAAUGGAGGGGUGAUGGAAAUGGGUGUGGCUGCAGCCUAGAGAAGCAUGGAGAAUCAGCCCAAUGGUUAGAGCACUUGCCUAGGGCUUGAGAGCUGGGUUCAAUUCCCUUCUCUGCCACAGACUUUUUGUGUGGUCUUAGGGAACUCACUUAGUCUCUCAGUGCCUCAGUUCCCCAUCUGUAAAUGGAGAUAACAGACAGCCCUACGUCACAGGGUUGUUGAAGAUAAAUACCUUAGAGUUUAAAGUGCUCAGAUACUAUUAGGGUGAUGGGAGCCAGAUGAGUAUCUUAAGUAUAGCCAGAGGCCGGUGCUUCUCCCUGGGGGUCGAGGGGGAGCAUUUUGCUCUCAUUGCAGGCAAAGCCAAAGUGGGUGCCUGCAGCCACUGUGAAGGGAGCUUGGAGGUCAGCAAGGGGUAGGAAUGUGGGUGGGAACUCGGGAAAGUCACUUAGCUCUACUAGACUCCAGUUGAUAUUGCUAUCGUAUUUACUUCACAGUGAGGAUCCAUAAUGUGCGUAAAAUCCCCUCUGCUGAAAUGUGUAAUCUAGUGAAAGUGGGACAAGAUGCAUGUAAGAGGUCUGCUGUAUUCCAGGCCCAGCUGGACCUUCAAACAAAAAGCCAACACGCAUAUUGUGUGGCAAUGUUAACUGUCCUCAUCUGGACAAAAGCAAGGCGAGCUGGAGGUAAGCUGGAUUCUAGCUUAGCUCUGCUGUCUCUGAAUAAUGCAGCCACUGAUUGAUUUUCUGUGCAACGACUGCCAGACGCCCCAGAGGGAGUUAAUGCAUGUGAACCAAUUUCAUCCCAGCAGGAGUGACUGUGACCCAGUGUUUCUGCCUUAGCUCAGAAUAUCCUGGCUUUCCUAGAUGAGUUAGUACACUCUAUUUCAGCUACUUAUAUAGCGCCCUUUACCCUAAUGUCUGCUUUACACUCUAAGUAUUUUUCCACACGACGGCCUUGGGCGUUAGGAAAGCACUGUAUCCCGUGUUACAGGUAGGGCACUGUGACACAGAGGCUAAGUGACUUGCCUAAGGUCUCACACAACGUCAGUGGCAGAGCAGGGACUUGAAAGCUUAUGUCCCAAGUACUAGAAUCCUGCCCUAACCACUGGACCAUCCUUUCUUGUCAGAGAACUGCCUUUAUAAUUCCCCCUGGGAUUCAUAGGUUGGUGUCCACCUCCAGCUGGAGACCUGCCCCCCUUUACAGUAUUGAUAUACUUUGUCCUUGUUGCUUGUACGCAGGGGAUUCUGCUUUGUGUUAGGCUGGAGUUCACUUCACCAGCAUCUUGGUACUGGGGAGACUUUCAGAGGAACAGGUGGGAACUAGGGACCCAUCUCUUCCUGACUUGUAGUAGGAGUUGGGCUGCUUUGAAAAUCCUCCCCUUUGUUUAUUAUUUAUGUGUACAGUAACUCCUCACUUAAAGUCGUUCCUGUUAACAUUGUUAUGUUGCUGAUCAAUUAGGGAACUUGUUCGUUUAAAGUUGUGCAAUGCUCCCUUCUAAUGUCAUUUGGCAGCCGCCUGCUUUGUCUUCUGCUUGCAGGAAGACCAGCCUGUUGCAGCUAGCUGGUGGGGGCUUGGAACCAGGGUGAACCGGCAGCCCCCCAUUAGCUCCCCUCUCCCCUAAGUUCCCUGUGCAGCAGCUGCCUGCAGUUCAGCUGUGUCCCUCGCCCCACUGCCAUGUGCUACUCCUGUCCUCUGGCUUGGAGCUGCUCCCCUCCCCCUGCUCCUGCACCCUACUUACCCCAUCUUCUGUAGAGCAGGACUCUGGGGAGGGAGCUUGUAGCAGCUGAGGUCUCAGCAAGCUGAACUAAUUAACAAGGCAGUGUGCUUAAAGGAAAUGUGCAUAACUCCCUCCAUUCUUGGUGCCUUGCAAAGUGAGAAAGUUAACCCUUGAGGACUCAGCCAAGUGUUAGCUCAUCGUUUAGCACUAAGGGAAGUAUCCCACCCUCUGACUCCUCCACCUCAACCAAGCUUCACAAUCAUCAUCACCGUGUACUAGUAUUAAAUUGUUUGUUUAAAAUGUAUAUAUGUAUAUGUAAUAUAGUCUUUUGUCUACAUAGCCGCAUGAUAACUUCGGAAGAGUCACAUGUGGCUCUGGAACCACAGGUUGGCCACUCCUGUACUCGGUGCUGUAGCGACACAAAGCAAAAAAGACAGGCCCUGUAUCUUGACCUGAUGUCUGUUUAGUCCAUUCUAAAUGCCUAGUUUUGACUGGAAGAUUUCCCAGCUGCAUAUAACAUACUUGGAGGAGAGAGGGCUUUGGAAUUAUCAGUUGGGCACAAAAUAUUUUGUCUGUUCCUGGCAUUAAUUGUUGUGUCACUUGAAACCUGUUAAUCUGGAAGGGGUUAUUUCUUUGGUACGUGCAGCUAGAGAUUGCAAUGGGCACAUGUUAUAAACUGGACAAAUAAAUAAGCUCCCUGCUGAUCAUCUU